UACUCAAGUCACACACUACUUUGGAGAACCUGAUCCUGAUACUCCAGUACGAUGUCUUACCAACAGCAGCAGUGCAAGCAGCCUUGCCAGCCUCCUCCUGUGUGCCCACCCCAGAAGUGCCCAGAGCCUUGUCCUCCUCCAAAGUGCCCAGAGCCUUGUCCUCCUCCAAAGUGCCCUGAGCCUUGCCCUCCUCCAAAAUGCCCAGAGCCCUGUCCUCCGCCAAAGUGUCCUGAACCAUGCCCCCCUCCCUCAUACCAGCAAAAAUGCCCUCCUGUGCAACCUCCUCCACCAUGCCAGCAGAAGUGUCCACCCAAGAGCAAGUGAAGCCUUCAGCAGUCACCAGGACAAGGGGAAGAGAAGAGAAUCCAUCUCAUGUACUUCCAAAGCAACACCUCCAUCUUCCCUCCAAAGCCGGGCAUGAUUGCAGAGGAAUCUUCUCCAUCUUUCACCUUCCAUGUGCCUGUGAUGUCCCUUAACAGGGAAGAUGUUUCCUUGAAGUUGUCCUGCUUUUGGUUUCAAUGUGCUAAUGAUCUGCCUUCAGUUAUUCAGUAUCCCAAAUGCUCAAUGGGAAAUAUAGCUGCUAUCUAUCCUGUGCACUCAGGAAAUGUUUUCUAAAACUCUCAGUCACCUUAGUUGUGCUGUCACUGUGAUUUCAUUUCCUGAAUAAAAUACAGUCUA